GAUUGCUUCCUGAUUCUGAGCUACAGCUCCUCCCAGCAGCUCUACAUGUAAACUCAAUGAUUGCAGGGAAGGGCAGAACACAAUCAAUAAGGGCACAACACACAUUUACUUUGUGUCAUGUCAGAGGUCUAAAUUACCAACCACAAUGGAAACCAUCAAUCCGUCUUACUACCCUGCUUCACGAGCAGCUGGUGUGGCAGAAAACUACAUAAACUACAAGCUGGGGAGCCCACACAGGCUGUUUCAAGUGAAGCAGGUGACAGAGGCCAUCAAGGAGGUAAGUGUGGGAUACAGCACAUGGAUCUCUUUAACCCUAUACAUCCCUGGGAGCACUCAAAUGGGGGCUUUCACAAAUUGCAUCUGCAUCUGCUUUGCCAGUUCGAUUCAAAGUAGUGGCUAAGUUUGAGAAUUUUUUCCAGAUCGGCUCAUUUUGGGUCAGUUUUUCCAUUCUAGUUGAGUUUGCACAAAACAAAACCCCAAGAUUAGUUAUGUAUAUAACCAUGAAAGGGUUAAACGAUUUUGUGCCACACGCCUUGCUGUCAUUAAGGUAAUCUUUCCACACAAAGCCACUGCCCUAAGGUGAACUCAAAACAAAAAGGUUAUAUCCUGCAAACAAAGAUGAAUCUGGGUUAUUUACUAAAGGUCAAACAGCCAAAAUGUGGUGAUUUUUUUUUUUUCUUCCAAUUUAGCCAUUUCGUCCUAACAUUUGAAAUUCACUUUUAAUAAUUCUUUAGUGAAUAACCCUGAUGUGAAGGGACACUAAAAAUGUAAAGGCCUGAGAAUGAAAUGAGGUGAGAUAUGGGAAAUUCAUGAUUAUAUUUAGCGUUGGGAAAUGUAAUAAUGUUGGGGGGUGGAUAUUUCUAUAUUAUUGCCUUGAAAAGUUGUUGGUUUGCACUUCUUUUUGCUUAGGAUUCCUAUUAUCAGACUAUUUUUUUUUACGUCUCAUCUAAAAACAUGUUAAUAAAAAAAACUUCAAGUUAAUUAAUACAUUGUACUCACAAAAUUACCAGAAAAUAAAGGGGAGUUGGAAUGGUUUGGAUGCGGUCCAUUGCUGUAGGCUUCUGCAAGUGUGUGCUUGUACGUUGCCAGAAUGGAGAUUGCUUAAUCCAGCAAUGGCUAGUGAGGGAGUGUGCACACUGGCCACAGUGAUAGAGAUACAAGCGUUAUCAAAUUUACAUUCUAUACAAGUUAAUCUUUGCAUUUGCUAGCAAUGUAUCUAGACUGUAAAGAUAGGUUAAAACACACUUCCAUUGCAGUUUUUAACCCCUUAAGGACACAUGACAAGUGUGACAUGUCAUGAUUCCCUUUUAUUCCAGAAGUUUGGUCCUUAAGGGGUUAAACAUGUUGUUGUAAAUGAUGUACACGCUUCUGUAUUGCAGAGUAUUCCAGGUGUUGGAAACAAAUAUUACCUCUCAUUUGUCGUGGCAGAUUUCUUAAAUGAGGUAAGUGUUUUAUCACUAUUGUAUGUUACACUUAGGAUGGUUGACCUUAAGUAGUAAGCAUUUUAUUGUGUCUUCUAUAUAACUAUGUAUUUAAUUGCACAUUCUUAUGGACUUUACCAAAGGAUGCAAGGCAAUCCUGAAGCAGACCCCUUUGCUCACUGUGUCUUAGCCAGGGGUAGGCAACAUUGCACACUACAGAUGGAUGUGGACUACACUUCCCAUAAUACCUUUGCAGCCAUAAUGCUAGCAAAGCAUCAGGGGAGAUGUAGUGCACAAUAUCUGGAGUGCUGAAGGUUACCUAUCCCUGGUCUAGGUCUUGCUAGUAAGCUGCAGUUACUGACAAGACCUACGAGAAAACUACCGUAUAUAAGAUUGUUGUCUCUUACACGGAGGAUAUGCGCAUAGCAUUUCAUAUAAGGACUGCCCGUGUAGGUGGAAUCAGUUUGGAAUGCUCAAUAUAAUGCCAUAUGUCAUAGCUGUUUAUCUCUUCUAAUUGUUCAAUCACUUGCUAGUGCUACAUUUUGUAUUUAGAUAUGCGACCGUUGUAUUAAGGUUAUUCUUGGCCAAACCAAGCUAUUAAUUCCCCAGGACUUUGAGCACAAUCAGAAAGACUAUCGCCUGCCAUCUCCCUGCAGCUAUCACAGUGAAAAAAACAGUGUUAGCAAUGGAUAGACUGCAGGGACAGUCUCUUUGCACGAGAACUACUGCAUUAAAGCUGUAGUGGUCCUGGUGCUUAGAGUGCACUUGAUGUGGAGCUAUAACUCACAUGCCAGUGGGCAAAAAUAUGUUGCAGACUUCUUUGGAUCAAAAGCAGAAAACAGAUGUAUUCAAGUAAGUUACUUUGCCAAUAUAAGGAUUGCACAAUUUUCUUACUUUGGAGAGAUAUCAUUAAAGCUCAGAUAUCUGGUCGUUAGGAUAUUUUUUAUCUUCCUACAUUGGUCUAUCAUCCCAUUCAAUAAAAAAAACCUUAAAAAACGUGUUUUAAGGUAGUAAUAAAGUAACGUUCUUGUGGACAUUGAAAAGAUAGUACAUCUAUAUGUAUGAUCUAUAACAAUUUCCACAGCAAAUAGUUUUAGUUGUGUGAUCUGUCUGUGAAGUAGGAAUGUACAUUCUAAUACAGAUUUCAAGCAUUAUUUCUCCUGUCACUCAAUGUCACCUUAGCAACCGGAUAUAAAAUGCACUGCGGAGGUUCUGUACUAUCUGCGUGAGCAGAACAAAGCUCCCAACGUGUCCUUCACAUUAGAAAGUGAGAUUGGAAACUAUGUGCAAGACAAGGAUAUUGCAUUUUACAAAAAAAUGAAGAACAUUUCUCAACCGCUGGAUGCACAAGAUAUUCCAGGUAAUUAACAAGAAUAGCUGGGUGUAACUUGCAUUGUCAAACAAUGUCCCAACACUCCUCCUCAUUCUGAGUAUUUUUAUGUUCUGAAUAUUUCAUCCUAGAUAAAUUUGGCAAUGUGUCGCCGGAGAUGGAGCCUGUCCUGCACUUGGCAUUGGUUGCUUGUGGUCACGUGAAAUGGCAACACUCCACAGAAGACACCUACUACAGGAUGUCCAUAAUUAAAAGCGUGAAACAGCUGGUAUGUCCAAAGUGCCCUAUGGUGCUAAACUCUGCUAGGAUAGGAUUAUUAUCAUUAGAAUGUUUUCAAAGGAGCAAGGUAAUUUAAACACACCUAAUGUAACAAAAAAUAAAGCCAUACUCCAAUUUGUCUCCACAAUAUAGCCCAGAAAGUGUUAGGUUUCUACAGUAAAAGAUUUUCCACAUUUACUACGAGUUACGUGGACAAAUACAGACUGCAAUUUCUAAACUAUGACGGACUUUUUACAAAAUGAAUAUCCGACUUAGAACUUGCAACACCAACAUGCUACCUCUCAGGAAAUACGAUAAUUGAGAAAUCAACGUGUCUGUAUUUUGCUGUUUAUAUUAAAAUUAUUAAAGAGACAGCAAGCACAUUUAAAAAGACUGCUGUCUGAUAACACUACCAUUGACUAAAAGAGCUAAGCCUGUAUUUAUUUUUUGUGAAUUCCUUCCCUAAGAGUAAGGGGCUUACUGCAAAAAAAAAAAAACCCAUGAGAUACAGCGGGCUAACAACUUAAGUGUAAUUGUAAGUCAAAAUAGUGAAACUGAAGGUUUAGUUACAAAUUUUUACCUAAAUCUCGCAAGUCUCCAUUCAAAUCACCACACUGUAUUAAAUGAUGGAAAAUGUGAAAAGGAUAGAAAAAGUUUACUGUAUUCUUCUGGAUCUUGUUUCUUCUGUUUAUUUCCAUGCAUUUGUAUCAAAACUGUCAAUGUACACAUGCCAUGGACACUAUGAAUUUAUAAAGUAAAGAUCAAAGAUGUUUUUCACCUAUGUGGGUCUUUGUCAAGCCUAGGUUGUACAGCUUAAAUACCCAUCAGAUUACAAGUAACACUCUAUGGGGGGAGCAUACGUUGAACUGAAAAAACAUAACCCUUGCCAUACCAAAUAAAAUAAAAAAACACAAUAAAGAAAAAUAACAGCAUAUACAAAAGAAAUAUGUUGGCAUAUUCAUUUUGUAUAUUUAAGCUGUACAUUGUAGUUUGGAACCUAGGCUUGACAAAGACCCUGAGGUUAGGUUUGGUCAAAACGUUGCCAGCUUCGGUGGAAUAAAUCUCUUUGAUAUUUACUUUUGGUGUUGCGACUACUUUAUUAUUUUUCUACGGUGUAUGAGGUAACUGGAAGGAGACCUUGGAGUUUUGCACACAAACUUUAAUCAGUGGAGUGCUGGUCCUCCCAGUUGUUUUGUGCUAUGAAUUUGUGGACUGUCUCAUUUGCAGUCUUGUGAAUGGGGCUAUUCAUAACUUUUGUUUCAGCCACAGACUGAGCAUGAAUGCAGCCAUGGCUCAGGCUUCCUCAGACACCAAGCUUCAGUAAUUUGCUUGUUUUAAUGGUUAAAAAAAAAUAAAAAAUAAAACUAUAUUUUGUAUAGGUUUUAACAUUAUUGUUUGUAUUAUUUAGAAAAGAGAAGACAACAAUCUGGAAUUUCACUAUAUAAUGCAAAUCCAUGAAAUGGUUACACAGGUAAAUAUAAAUGUGAUCUUUGUUUGAUGAUCUGUGCCAUAAGGUCAUUUAAAAAAAGCUAAAGGGCUUUGGCAGCCCUUGAAUGAUAGUAAUACUUAAUACACAACAAAGGAUGUUUCAAAUCUAUAAACCUACCUGUAUGAUAGUUCACGUUAACUUACACAUUCUGAUGGGGAAUUUAAGCUGGCUUCACGAUGGCCACCAAUAGAUAUGAGUGGAUGAAUCCCCUUGCUACACUACUUACAUGUACAGCAUCCCACAAUGCACACCAUUUAGGCACAAGCAGAUACAGCGAUUCAUGUUCUUUUAUAUAAAUUUUACAGGUAUUACAGCUUAUCCAUUUGCAAGCAGUUUAAUUACCAUAAUGUACAAUUCCCCCCCCUCUUCUCAGUGCAUUUCAUAUGGUUUAUCAUAUUACAUAGUGGUUUUAUUGCUUGUAGUCAAUAUAACAGAUACAUAACUUCCCACCUACACUGAUAAGCCACAACAUUAAAAGCACCUGUCAAAUAUCGUGUAGGUCCCUCUCGUGCUGCCAAAACAGUUUUGAUGCCUCGAGGUAUGGACUCCACAAGACCUCUGAAUGUGUCCUGUGGACCUGGAACCAAGACAUUAGCAGCAGAUCCUUUAAGGGUGGGGCCUCCAUGAAUAAAAUUUGCUGUUUCAGCACAUCCCACAGAUGCUCAAUCUGAUUGAGAUUUGGGAUAUUUGAAGGUCAAGGCAACACCUUGAAAUCUUGAUCAUGUUCCUCAAACAAUUCCUGAACAUUUUUUGCACUGUGGCAGGGUACAUUAUCCUGCUGAAAGAGGUCACUGUCUUUAGAGAACACAAAUGCCAUGAAUGGUUAUACAUGGUCUGCAACAAUCUCUAGGUAGCUGGUAUGUGUCAAAAUAACACCCACGUGAACGCCAGGACCCAAGGUUUCCCAGCAGAACGUAGCCCAGAGCAUAACACUGCCUCUGCCAGCAACCGGAUAUAAAAUGCCUUCUUCACAUAGUGCAUUCUGCUGCCAUGUGUUCCCCAGGUAAACUAUGCACAUACACCUAAUCCAAAAGAAAACAUGAUUCAUCAGACCCGGCAACCUUCUUCUACUGCCCCAAUGUUCCAGUUCGGACACUCACAUCACCUUUGAAGGUGCAUUGGCACUCUGACUGGUCUGCGGUUACGCAGUCCCAUACACAGCAAACUGCAAUGCACUGUGUUUUCUGACAUAGUGCAUCGCAGUUUGCCAGCAUUCAGUGUUUUAGCAAUUUGAGCUACACUAGCUUGUCUGUGUGAUCAGACCAGACAUGCUAGCCUUUGCUGCCCACAUGCAACAUUGAGCCUGCGGGUGUUCAUUACCCUGACACUGCUUCACCUGUAGUCCUUCCUUGCACCAAUUUUGGUAGGUUCUAACCACUGCAAACAAACUUGCCGUACUGGAGAUGCCCUGACCCAGUCAUCUAGUCAACACUAUUUAGCUCUUGUCAAAGUCACUCAGAUCUUUUCACUUUCCCAUUUUUCCUCCUUUCAACACAUGAAAUUCAAGAACUGAGUGUUAAUUUGCUGCCUGAUAUAUCCCACCCCUGGACAGCUGCUAUUGUAACAAUAUAAUCAAUGUAAUUCACUUGACCUGUCAAUGAAUUUAAUGUUCUGGCUGAUCAGUGGAUUUUGACUGUUGCAGAUGUGUUUCUCUGACUGUACUGAAAUGAAUGCUUCGUUUUCAGAGAAGCCACAGAGACAUAAUUUUGUCAUGUAACAAAUACAUUUUCUCCAUAUUACAGGAAAUUAUUACCUGGGAAAUAAAUAUUUUAUGGGACCCCACGCAAGGAUUAAAAAUAGAAAAAGAAGUUAUCCUGCCAAAAUCAAACCAGUGACAUGUUUCAGAAUGGAGUCAAUGAAAAAGAACAGCAAGCAUUCCAGAAUGAAUAGUUACUUACUGUACUGGUUUGGCGAUUGUCUCUCUAAACGCAACUUUAGGUUUUCCCAUGACACAGGGACAUCCGUAUUCCCUCUCCAUCCUCUGAAAGAAAGUUAAAAAAAUUAAUUAAACUGGAUACUGUUUAAAUAAAUAUCACUGAAAUAAGACACUGCCAUCAGUGUUUAUUUAGGUCUCAAAUUACCGCACCAUUCACAAACUGAUGAUUUCUAAUAUUGUUUCAAGAAAUGGACUUUGGACUCCCGAUGUACAAAAUCAAAGCAUAGGCCUAUCUUCUAUAUUUAUACAUCAUUUAAAAGAAAACCUCAUAAUUCAAGGUACACUGUAUGUGCAAAGUACAGAGUCAAAUAUAUGAAUAAAAAAAUGAAAGUGAUCAGCUGCCAUCUGAAUAUGUCCCAUAAUCAUGUACGAUUAACCACAUGUGAUAUGACACACUUAAAUCAGAUUUUUCACUACAGAGAUUUUAGCACAAAAUACUAUUUGUUGUGCUUUUAUUCUCUUACAAAAAAAAUACAAUCACAAUGCUGGGCCGGCUAAAAUAAAGCCUGAUAUCUCCUCCUUUGUUGCAUGUGUGUACACGCAAUUCCAUAGCAUUUCUAUGCAGAUUCCUUACUCCC